GGACGACUGGUGCGCGCAAAUAAAAACCAAAACAUAAAAUAUGUCCCAGGCCUGGUCCUCUCUCGUCCUUCACGGUCGUCACUCCAGUUUUAUAUCCUUCCAUCUCCUACGUGGGACUCGAUACUGGCGGUGGGGCGCAGGUGUAGCUCAUCUCCAAUCACUACACCUGGCCUCACUCCUCGUUCCCACGCCUCUCGGCCCCGCCCCACUCGCCACAGAAAUAUUAUAUUAAAAAAUAUAAUGUAAAUCACAUGCAUUCUUAUUGUCUCAUUAGGGAUGCCGAAACAUUUCUCCUGGACUCCAAAAAGAUCCGCGCUACUGAUGGGGGGUGGCUGGUGUUUGACAUCACAGCCACCAGUAAUCACUGGGUCCUGAACCCGCAGCAGAACAUGGGCCUUCAGCUCUGCGUGGAGACCACUGACGGUAGAAGCAUCAACAUGAAAUCUGCUGGUAUCAUCGGAAGUACCGGACCUCAGUCCAAACAGCCAUUCCUGGUUGCUUUUUUCAAAGCCAGUGAAGUUCUGCUCCGUUCUGUAAGAGCUGCAGGAAACAAGAGGAAGAGCCACAACAGAAACAAAAGUAGAACACAACAGAAAUCUUCACCAGCUCUCAAAAGUGGAGAUCAGAACACUAGUGAACAGAGACAAGCCUGCAAGAAGCAUGAACUUUACGUGAGCUUCCGCGACUUAGGAUGGCAGGAUUGGAUUAUUGCUCCAGAGGGCUAUGCAGCCUUUUAUUGUGACGGAGAAUGUUCGUUUCCACUGAAUGCACACAUGAAUGCGACCAAUCAUGCGAUUGUGCAGACCUUGGUCCAUCUAAUGUUUCCUGAUAAUGUGCCAAAGCCUUGCUGUGCACCGACCAAACUAAAUGCCAUAUCAGUGCUGUAUUUUGAUGACAGCUCAAAUGUAAUUCUGAAGAAGUACAGGAAUAUGGUGGUGAGGUCCUGUGGAUGUCAUUGAGGACAGAGUGUCUGUGUCUCAUAUUGCUGGAAUAACAUAUCAGAAGAAAUAGUUUUUGACAUUUGAUGUACAGUAUUAUGUAUAUAUUAGCUCAUUAUUCCUCUUAUUUAUUUGGCUUUGUUUUGUAAUAUUUUAUUUUAUUUUGUUAAUAUGAGAGAUGUAGAUGAGUUACCACUCUUUACCACUGAUCCAUAUCCAAUUGCUAUUUCUCUGAAAAUAUUUGAAUAAGUUAGGCCAGUUAGAGAGAGUUUUAGAGGAUUGAUUAUAAUUUCCUUUCUUUAGAUUACAUGUCAAAUUCAUAAGCAACCACUCCAAAACAGAACUGCUGCUAUUUUACACAAUAAAUGUAAAUGCCUUAAACUCUAAGUCACCUAAAUACUUUAUUUUUAUUUCUUUUUAUGUGGGGGAAAAAACAGCCAUAUUGGAUUCUGCAAACAAACUAACAUUUUUCUCUGCUACUGAAUUAUUGUGGUGUUGUUGCAAAAGCACUGAGUCAUAGGACUAUACAUAUUUCCUCAAAUAGUCCAAGGUAUUGCAGCCCACAAUUACUGUUCUACAUUAGUGUGGGUGGAUAUGCAAAAUUAAGUAAGGUUAUUAUUAUUAUUGUUAUUUUUUUUUCUACAAGCAAAUAUUCUUCCUCUCUAUAUACACUUGUAUUAGUACUCUGAGUAAUAUAUUGUUUCGGAAAAUAUUGCAUUUAUAA